AUGGAGCAAGUUGGAGACUCUUUUAAUAAAGACCAAUUUAUUUGUCCAGUCUGUCUGGAUCUACUGAAGGAUCCCGUCACUAUUCCCUGUGGACACAGUUACUGUACGGACUGUAUUGAGGACUGCUGGGAUCAGGAGGAUCAUGUUGGUGUCUACAGCUGUCCUCAGUGCAGGCAGACCUUCACGUCAAGACCUGUUCUGGGCAGAAACACCAUCUUGGCUGAAGUGCUGGAGAAACUGAAGAAGACAGAACUCCAGGCUGCUCCUCCUGAACACUGUUACGCUGGACAUGGAGAUCCUCACUAUUAUUCUCCUGCUUUCAAAAAGCACAAACUGAUUGACAGCACCGAACAACUCCAGGACAGAAUGUGUUCCCUACAUGACAAGCUGCUGGAGUUCUACUGCAGUACUGACCAUCAGUGUGUCUGUUAUCAGUGUGUGAUGGAUGAACACAAAAAGCAUGAUACAGGUUCUGCUGCAGCAGUACGGAUGGAGAAUCAGAAGUUGCUGGAUGCAGCUCAGAGGGAAAUUCAGCAAAGAAUCAAAGAGAGAGAGAAAGACAUGGAGGAGCUGAGACAGGCUGUGGACUUACUCACACGUUCUGCACAGGCAGCACUGGAGGACACUGAGAACAUCUUUGCUGAGAUGAUCCACUGCAUUGAGAAAAGGUGCUCUGAGGUGAAAGAUGUGAUCAGAGCUCAGGAGAAGGCUGCACUGAAUCAGAUUUAUGGUCUACUGGAGCAAGUGGACCAAGAGAUUGCUGAGCUCAAGAAGAGACAAGCUGAUCUAGAGAAGUUUUCACACACCAAAGACCACAUCCAUUUCCUCCAGCGUGUCCAGUCUCUCUGUGUCUCUCCCCCAUCUGGAGAACUACCUACCAUCAAUAUCAGCUUACAGUGCCCUUUUGGGGAUAUGAAGACAUCACUCUCAAAACUCAACAAUCAACUGGAUCUGCUCUUCAAAGGGGAAUUGGUCAAGAUAUCGCAAACAGAUGCCUGUGAGUUGACACUGGACCCCAACACAGUGAACGAGUACCUCUUUCUGUCUGAGGGGAACACAAUGAGUCCAGACCACAUUCACUGA